AUAGCAGUAUUUGAGGGUAGGAUGGGCUAUAUAUUAAGUUGAGAGAUAGGGACAGGAGAGAAUAUAGAAAAAGGAAAUGGUGAAAUUCAAGAGGGUAUGUGUUUUCUGUGGAAGUAAUGUUGGAUAUAGAAAGAUAUUCAGUGAUGCAGCUCUUGAUCUUGGAAAAGAACUGGUGAAGAAAAAGAUGGAUCUGGUAUACGGAGGAGGGAGCGUGGGGCUCAUGGGUUUGGUGUCUCAAACGGUCUACGAUGGCGGACGCAGCGUUCUAGGAGUUAUCCCAACAGCUCUUGUCCCUGUGGAGAUAUCUGGUCACGCAGUGGGAGAGGUGAUGGUGGUGACUGAUAUGCACCAACGCAAGGCGGAGAUGGCUAGUCGAGCCGACGCCUUUAUAGCGCUUCCCGGGGGCUACGGAACUAUGGAGGAGUUGCUGGAGAUGAUAACCUGGUCACAACUUGGGAUUCACAACAAACCAGUCGGGCUCUUGAACGUCGAUGGAUACUAUGACUGCUUGCUUGGGAUAUUCGACAAAGGUGUCCAAGAAGGGUUCAUCAAACACUCAGAUAGAAAUAUAGUCAUUGCUGCUAAGACUGCUGGAGAGCUUAUACAAAAGAUGGAGGGCCAUGAUCCAGUGCAAGCCCAAGUAGCACCGAGUAGAAGUUGGAACGAAGAAGACCCUGAGACAGCAAACUUAUAACCGUUGUGGACAUUUCAAAGUUUUUGGUCUCACUAAAGCUUUUCUAUUUAUGGUACAGAGUUGUGUGUGAAAGGGAGAGGCAAAACAGGGAAAACAUGUGAAUGAAUUUUUGCCCUAAAUUGUAAUGUUCCUCUUUGUUGUUGAUCA